AAGCAUUAUAAACAAGGCUAUAAAUAUUUAUAAAAAAGGCAAAACACAUAAUAAAGGCAUCUAUGGUGCAUUAUAGAGGACACCUUCAUAAGGCAGUCAUAAUCCUUAAUAAACAUGGCUAUUGUCAUGACCUGCUCGUUCGCUCCUCCAGUGUGCCACGCCCCCCUUGUUACCUCGUGUUAAUUCCCGAUUGUGAUCACCUGUUCCCUGUUAUUUCGGCUUGUUUCAUGUACUGUAUAUUAGUCCACGUCUUCCUUAGUUGGGUGUCCGUCAUUGAUGUUCUGUGCGUCGCUGUCUGCCCUGUUUCCCCCGAAUAAACCCUCGUUUCCCGCAAUCCUGCCUGCUGGCCUCGUCCCUCGCCGCUUCCUGCCUGCACGAUCGCCGCGAUCUUAACAGCUAUAAUGUGUUAUUCCUUUAGAUAAAUAUUUAUAGCCAUGGUUAUAAUGCUUUAUAAAUGCAUUAUUAUUUGUUAUGAAUGUGUUUAUAAAUUACUAAAAACAUGGCUUUAAAGUGUUACCAAAAUUUCUAUCCCACCUCUUAAUCACUUCAUGGGACUAAUUGGAUGCUUGCGGAUCAGAGCCGACUCUCUCUGCCGUACCUCAGCACUCCUUGAUUUUCAGUGCCGUCCACAUCUGUUAAUCAUUCCUUCUCAGUAAGAUCUCCGCACGUUAAUACGUAUCAGGCGAGACUAACGCCAGAGAGGUCAAGGUUCCUUCUGGGGCUGUCUGUCCGGAGAUUAAACGUGAGCUGGGAGAUGUGUCUGCAUAUCAGCUGGGGGUCUCACCUAGCUGGGACACGUGUGGCCAUUUUAGGGCAUUUAAGGAGCUUUUUGGGCCUGAAUCACUGGGGAGAAGAGGUACAUCAUCCCACAGUGUGUCUGAAGUGGUGUGUUUUUUCACAUGCUGAAUGAGGAUUGAAGAUAAGAAGACAUGGACCCAAGCUGUUGUUCACCAUCUAAUGGCUGGAACAGGUCAUUGUUGGUUUAUUCCUGUUCAUCCUUCCGCCUUGCACUCUUGCACACGCCCAAAUGGCAGUUUGGAGAUGCUGAUUCCCAUAACCGUGUGUUCUUGGACUGCGGGAGUCAGUCAUUGAGAUCCCCAGGAACCAUGAAGCUGCAGCUGCCCAACCCAGGUCUGGAGGAGCGGAUCCUGUCCCACCAGGAGCUGGAGAAGAUGGAGGUGGAGGAGGCUGGGGACAGACCCAAAUGGGACAAUAAGGCUCAGUACAUGCUGACCUGUGUGGGCUUCUGUGUGGGUCUGGGUAACGUCUGGAGAUUCCCCUACCCGUGCCAGAGUCACGGAGGAGGUUUCCCACCCUGGACAAGCUUCAGUAUCCACACUGUAUCUACGCGACAAUCGUCAUCCUGGCCUGGACACCCGGGGCAGCGAUUCCUGCCACAGCCUUUGCUUAAAUAAGAAGGCACUGCUGCUUGAGGGACAAUAAAAUACAGAUGAGCCUGGAAUCAGUGUAACUGCUACUUAUUAACAGUUUAUAUUCCAUGUGUUAUUGUAAGGAUACAGACAUACUGUACAAAUGACAUCAUCACCCGAAAGGUACAAUGACAAAGAAUUCACUCAAAGGCCAUUUUCUUUGCUGUUGACACUGUGUAAGUUGAGGUAAUAUUUGCUAAGGGAAAUAGAUAAUCUUCUGGGGUGCUACUGUUUUUAAAAAUAUUGUAAGUCAGGCCUUAGUUGAUUGGUGGUCAGACCAGAAUUUCAGCAGAUAGUCAGGGGAUCAAGGAUAUGGUGUUGAUUACCAAGGUUCAAUAUCCCGAACGGUCACAGCCAAAUAUACAAACUUAUUAGCAAAUGUUAUUUCUCCAUUCAUCCUGUCUUUCCAUCCUGUGUAACUGCUUAUGCAGUACGAAGUCGAAGUGAGCCGGGAUUCAAUCGCAGCUCAUUUUCCAUAGUUAUGUAAUAAAGAAGUUCUGAGAACA